ACCCCCACCACCUCCUCACCUCCAUCUGUACCUCCUCUCUGGUGCCCAGGCGCCCCCUGAAAGGACCAGAAUAUGACGGUUCAGAAGCUAUUUUUCUGUAUGCUCUUACUCGGGUAUCCCGGUUACCCCAACACAAAUCUUGUCCAUAUUUUGGCUGACCAUUUCCCUCUUGGCUCUCGUGUCUUCGGAACUCUGGGGAAGCUUGCCGUCAUUACUGCCACCGUUGCAAUUUGUGCAUGUCUUAUUUACCUCUGGAGAGUUGUCCUUGCUACAGAGCCUCCAGUAUAUCCAGUUAAUUUACAGCAAAAAACUGCAAAGAUCAACACGUUGGAGAAAGAAACCACAGAGCUGGCUGAAGCAAUAUCCAUGUGGGAACAGAAGAUACAUCUUCAAGAAGCGAAGAGAGAAAGUAACAUUCACUCUGCUGAAGCUCUUAAGUUGAAAUCAGAAGAUGCAAACAGUCAAUUGGAGGAACUGAGAGCCUGGAGGUCCCAUAACCGUGCACUGGAAGCAAGGAUAAAGACUGUGGAAGACAUUCGUAAUGCUUUGAGUUCUAUUAAAGCAAUCAGGGAAGAAACAGCCAAAAGCCUGAAGGAGAGAGGAGACGUCCUUGAUAAAUUCUAUGAAGAAAGAAAAACGGCUACAGCAAAGAAUCUGGAUAUGACAAACUGUGAACUAGUGGCAAUGAAGAAUCAGAUGAUAACUGCAGAGGAAAAUCUGAAAAUAGCUACAAGGGACAUACACAAGUGCAAACAGCAAAUUGAACAAACACGAGAACAGCUGCAGAAGGCAGAACUCACCUUCACACACCAGGUCGCAGUUUAUGAGCGUAAUGCUCAGCACAACUGGAUCAAGACUCGGAUCUGGGAGACGAAAAUGGCGGAGCAGAGCCGAGAGGUCGCCCGCUUGAAACACAGACUGGAUGAGAUGGAAGGAAAGAGGCUGCUUGAGGGAUACAGGAGGCGGAGACCAAUGCCUGGAAGUCCAGAGAUGCAGAACCCUGCGAGGAGAGAGCCUUUAGACGAAGCCGAUGUCACUCCCAUGAGUCACAACUACAAGCAGUCUACCAACAAUGCCGAGAAGGACAAGGGCAGUGUGGAUCCGUGGCGACCUCCUCCAUCAACUGGAAGAUUCUGCCCACCCUACUAUAGAGGCCACCCUUUGAUCUGGGCACAUCCACCUCCUGUACCAGGUUCGGGACCAUCCCGAACCCCUCCACCUGCACCACUUGGGCCUUUUGCGGAACCACAUGUUGCUCCUGUGAGUAAGAACAACACUGACUCUACCAAAAGGAUCACGGAGGACAAGGCCAUUAUGAAUGCAAGAGGGCCUGGUCCUUCCCCAGGAUCGCCUUGCAGGCUGUCUCCCAUGGACCACCCUUCACCACCAGUCACGGGCUAUGGGCCACCUCCGCCUCCUCCACCAGCUCCUCCACGUACUAAAUUUGGUUUGCGUCUCCGAAAGUUCUCUCGCAAUCUCCUGAGGUUUUGCCUGUGUUCCUGCUGUGUCAGCUCUAACACCAGCUCUCGGCGGUCAUCUCAGAGCCUCAGGAGAAUGUGAAAUUUGAAGAGGACCCUGAACUGUGACCACCGGCUGUGGUGAUGUGAUAUAUUUAGAAAAGUUGUCUGAUAUGCGUAUUUGACUGAAUUCUUUCCCUGACCAUUCCUGUCCCCUCUAUUUUGUUUUUCCUCGUUUCCCCUAAUAAACCCAUCACAGUUCUGUA